CGAUCCUCACCAUCGAUCCAGUCUAGAACACAUAGGGGAAUUAUUUCCACACAGGCCGCCCGCAAUGCCCGGUAAAAAACAGCCCGUAAAGGGUAAAACCACUUCUUCCCGACCGACUGCCAAGUCCACAGCUGCACCUAAGCCUGUAGCGCCAGCGGUUAGGAAGACGAUCAAGCCGAAGCGGACGGUUUUGCAGGCGGAAAGGGACGAGGAAAGCGAUCAAGAGCAAUACAAUGGCGGAAAGUCAAAGGAGGUCGAACCGCGAACCAAGUCGACGAGGCUCAGGAAGACUACGAGGCAGGAUCUCGAAAUUAAGCAGUCUCUAGACGAGGACGAACAAUAUGAAGAGGGCGAGGAUGAUAAUUCGGACGAUGAAGGUGAUCAAGAUGAGGAAGACGAUCAGGAUGACUCCGAAGACGCCUACCAACCCGCACCUCAGCCCAAGAGCAAGAAAUCUCAACCUCAACCGACAAUCAAAUCGACCAAACCUAAAGCCAACCCUAAACCUCAGCCUAAAUCCACCAAGAAAUCUGUCGACACCAGCUCAAAGUCGAAAUCUAGCGCCACCGCCCGACCUCCUCUCCGAACUCUCAACCCCCACUCGAAAACGCAGCAAAAUACUGCCGAAAACCGAGCAAGGGGUGUCAAGCGAUCUGCGAAACAGCUCGAGAGCGAUUCUGAAGGAGAUUCGGAAGGAGAAGCAGAUGGACGGGGAGGGAAGAAGAUCAAGGCGGCGGAUGGUGAGGCUGGCGAGGACGACGAAGAACUCGAAGAGGAAGGUGAAGAUCAAAGGGCCGUACAAGUGACAGAUCACUCGGAUGACGAAUCUGAAGAAGAGCAAGAAGCAAUCAGUACUCGUCCGCUAUUGACGGAAGCUCAGCAAAAGAUUUCCGAUAACAGCAAGAAACAGCAAGCUAAACGAAGCAAGGAGAGAAAAAAGGUCCUAGACAACGCCUGGCGGGAAGCGGCCGUUCAGAUGCAGGCGAGAAUGACGGGUGAACCUGAAGGGGGUGGGUCCAUCGGGUGGGAGACUUUGAUGGAGGAGACUGAAUCGACAUUGAAGACGAUCGGGACGAUGUUACAGGAAUUGGAAGAACAACAGGAAGACGUUUUGGGAAAGACCUUGGACGAGGAUCUCGAGACAUACAAUGAAGCAGCCGCGCCGAUGAUCGACCAGCUCAAGGAGCAUGUCAAUGUCUACUUGGCUCAACAUGGAACCGUCAUCAUCGAAACCGGCGACGAAAUGAACAAGUUCCCCAAAUUGCUGGAAAAGGCGCAGAAACGUGCGGUCCAGCAGACGAAACGCAAAAUGCGGGAGCAAUAUCAGAUCGCUCAGAGGAACCUGACGGCCAAAAAUUAUAUCAAGAGCGUCGCCAAGAUCAUGGGCGUCGACUUGACCCCUUUCCGGGAUUGAACAUCGGCCGUCCUCCAGCAGGAUUGAAACAUUUUUUUCAUCGC